UUGAUCAAGGGCCAGUCUUUGCUUCGCUGCUGUCAGCAAGAGAUAGCCAUGGCCCGUGUCCUGCUUGCCGCAGCGCUUCUGGCCAUCCCGACCUCCGCCUACGUGGCCCCCAGAGCAGGUGCAGCCUCGCCACAGAGCGUACAGCUGCCCGCAUCUCAGGUGCAGCUUGAGCAGCUGGACUUGGAGGAGCCUAGCCAGUCGGAGGGCGUCUUCAGCAUCUUGACUGCUGGCUUUGGCGUUGGUGCAGUGCUGGGAUGGCUGAACUCGCGUAAGCAGCAGAUUGCCUCCGUGGCAGCAGCCUCUGCUGUUGCUAUGGCCCCAGCAGCAAACGCCAUGGUUGACUAUGACAUCAUCCAGUACCUGGGUGGAAGCGACAAGGUGGACAUCAACAAUGCCAACAUCCAGGCCUACAGGCAAUUCCCGGGAAUGUUCCCGACCAUUGCUGGUAUGAUUGGCACUCAUGGCCCCUACAAGCAGGUCUCUGACAUUUACAACAUCCCAGGCAUGGAGGACAAGCUGAAGAACAUCGUGAAGAAGUACGAGGGCAACUUGGUUUGCCUGCCAGCCAACCCUGCGUACUUCAUUGACCGCAUCAACAACGGCAACUACCGAUGAAACUCUUUUCUAAAUCAACAGACUGGAGAUGCCUCAGGCUCUCGUGAGCAAGGCAGAAACCAGUUCAAAAAGGC